CCUCCUCCUCCUCCUCCUCCUCCUCCUCCUCCUCGUAGCCGUCCAUGCUGAGGUGGGCAACACUCGCCGGCCCUGCACGGCACCACAUCACCACAAUCAUCUAUAGCAUGACUCUCUCUUUGAUCAGGCAUCGUGAUCAUUUCCUAACUGCAGCGUCCGCGCUGCGCUCCCGCGCGGGCAGCGUUUCCAACGCUCUCCUGGACGGCCCGCCCUUCCUCGCAAAGCUCCCCACGGUGGUGCUGCUCCUGGCGGCCCUGGAGCUUCUGGGCGCGCUCCUGACGGACGCGCACUCGGGCGUGGGGCACGCCGAGGUGCUCCUGUUCCUCCUGGCCCUCGCCGCGCUGUGCGCGUCGCCCCCCCGCGCCACGCCGCCGCCGCGGGGGCGCCCGGCCGCCGCUAGCUGCCCCUCGCCGCUGGGCGACGCGGCGGGCGCGGCCCCC